GGACAGGCCGACAAUGCCCCAGCUGGCCGCCGAUAUCGUGUCGAGGGCACACAGGCGCGUCCUUUGGGCCAACUGAAACAUUGCCACCCCUCGAGCCGUAUCCCACAUGGAGCGAGCUCCUACUCCUGCGCCGCCCUUUCCAGCGUCUGCGUCACCUGAUCCAGGAUGCGCAGCAUGGGGCGUCCGCAGUCCUCAUGCCCAUGCGAGAGCCAUGCGAACUGUGUCCGUAGCGGCCGCCGGCCAGCCACACGUCGCCUCGCCGCGCUCCAUGGCACGUCCCCAGCCUCAUGCUGCUCCCCGUGGCCGCGAUUCGCACCACCAUGCCAGAUAGCCGCGCUGCCUGCUCCCCUCCCCAUCACCGCAUGCCAUGGCGCCUGGUGAGACGUGGCAGC